GCCCCUUCGCCGCUUCCAGCCGCGGGUGAAGCUCCGGUGGCCCCCCAGAGGUGGGCCCGGCCUGCAGCGCGGUGGGCCCAACCCUGUGCGCGGCGCCAGCGCGUCCCGCCGCACCGCUCCAGUCCCGGGGCGGGGCGUCAGCCAGCGGUGACAUUGAGGGGCGCCGGGCGCGGGCAGCGCCGCUGGGGCGGGAGGCAGCGCCUUGUGGGGCCGCGCCGAUAUGGCUCUUAAACUGCUGGGAAGAAACAUUCCCUCAAUUCUGAGGAUGACUAAAGCAGUGGAUCUGAAGAUAAGCAGAAGACUUUGCAUUAAACCCCACGAGGAAAGUAAACUUCAGCCAAAAAGUGGUGCUCCUUUAAAGGUGCCUGGACACAAGCCUACAGACUGGGAAAGGAGAUUUUUGUUGUGGGCAGGCAAUUUCAAAAAACCAGAGGAUAUACCAGAGACUGUCUCGAUUGAAACAAUCAGAGCAGCAAAGACCACACUGCGUGUGAAGUUCAGCUAUGUAAUGAUUGCCUUGACAAUACUGGGAUGCAUAAUCAUGGUGAUUAAAGGGAAGCAGGCUGUAAAGCGGCAUGAAUCUCUUACAAGCAUAAACUUGGAGAAGAAAGCUCAAUGGAGAGAGGAAGCUCUUCAGAGUACAUCUGCUAAACCUUAGAGGAAGAAAUGAAGAGGCAAAGGACCAGGGAAGAAAAUCUGAGUCCUUUUCAGCACUGGAAGGAGGAUACAGCCACAUCUUUCCUGUAUGUUAGUUCUGUACUGUCAUGUUCAAGAAAGCAUGAAUACAUUAUCCUGUAAUCACUACAAAACAGAAAUAUCUGUUUUCUUUUCCUAACAAUCUCCUCUUUCCUCCAAACUCUCUUUGUUAGUGGAACAGGGCAAGUGAGUACACUAGAUAUAGAGAGUAGUUGUUUCCCACAUGGCCACUUGGGGACACCACAAACAGUAUGUAUUUGACAGAUUUAGUUUGUGAACUUCCUGAUAGUAGGAAGCAGAUUAUAUAUAUUUUUCUUGUACUACUAAAAAUUAGUGCUAUUGCUGUAAAAAAAAUUAAAAGCCCUAAAAAAUGCGAGGUAAUUCUUGUCCUUAUACCUGGAACAGAAAAGCAAGAAUGUAUCUAGUGCAGUCCUCUCUAGUACUUUGUCAUUAACUCCAGAGCUAGAAAAUAACUGCUGCAGUCCACCUUUCUAUGAAUUGCAUUUCUUGGUACCACUCAUAUUGACAAAAUGUAACCAAUAAAACAAGCUGUGCAGUCAUUCUACCACAGAAGUUAUAACCUUCAGGUGAUGCCAUGACCUGUCCUUAGAUUAUCCAUAAGGCAAUGAUUGCAAGUAUGCUGUUAACCAAGCAGAGCAGGCUUCCACAGAUUUGUCCACUCAUUUCAGCACUAAACGCAAGUCACGCUUAAUUCCACUGCAGGUACGUGAACAGGUCUUCCAAGACAGCUCUGGUUCUUUGCCAUACCAGGAGGCACACAGUUUGGAACAAAAAAAAGUAAUCUUCCCAGAUCAUGUGCCUGUGCUCCUAUAUAUAUUAAAUGAGACCAAAAAGGAGAAUGUGCACUUUUGAUAGUAUUUAAGGUUACCAUAACGAGAAACUUGUGAUUUGAUUUAUGCUUUGUGAUGGCAGAGCUUAAAAACCAUGCAUCUCUCAAAAGUAGCCCCCUUUCAAUAAGCACCUCUCAGUGCACUCUGUGAACAGAACUGGCAGGUACCUAGUUUGGUAAGUAAAACUAUCUGUACUCAUCCAUUUGGUAAAGUACUUCAAAUAAAAAUACAUGAAAUACCAUUUAGAAAGCAAUAACCUAGGGCAGCAAUGGUCACCCAUUUUUCAUUUUACUGAACUUUUAAUAAGCUUUAUGCUGUUAACUCAAAAAUUGAACUCUGGUCCAAUGUUUUGACAGAAGGUCCAUGUAGAAGUCACAUAUCCUUUCCUUCUACCACUCUGGUAUCUCCACUGUUUCAGGAUCUACCAUAAAACCUGUUAAUCACUGUA